AUGGAUCGUGAUUCUCCCUUUGCCGAUCCCGACCGCUCUGAUCCGCUGCCUGCGCCCUCCAACACCCUCAAAGCUUCGAUCUUUGCGCAAUCCCGCAUCGUACAUCCCUCAACCAGCGUAUAUAACCAAUUCGGUCGGCAUCGUCACGAUGACAUCGGCCAAGAAUCGUUCCACGAAGGCAUACAGCCUAGUGUAGCCUCGCUCGCGAAUUUGCAAGGUUCAUAUACAGCUAAAAGCAUCCACCCUCACCAUUCGGCGAUUGGUCUACGCAAUAGUAGCUACGAUGAUCAUGGUGACGAUGCUGACGAGCAGGACCCCGAGGAUCUGCUCUCGGACGAAGAGCUCGGAUUGAUAGCUGGCGAUGCUCGAAACCCUUCUGCGUCGCUAUCGUACGCCUCGAACCGGUCCCGCAAACGUCGAACCAACCCUUCCGAUCCUCGCUCGCGUGCCUCUGCUGUCGGUGGUCUGAGCGCGAAGCAAAAGGCGCUGUGGAUGUGGGCCAACGUCGACAAUCUGGAUGCGUUUCUGCAAGAGGUGUACGCCUACUAUGUUGGUCGCGGCGCCAUCUGCAUUGCGCUUUCGCGUUCGCUCAACCUGCUCACCGUCGCCUUUGUGAUUUGUUUCUCGACGUUUCUGUUUGGAUGCAUCGACUAUUCUAGCAUUCGCCACGACGGUCAGCUGAGCGAUGUCAUCGUAGGCCACUGCGUCGCCGGCUUUUCUCCCUUUGCUACACUGGUUGUUGUACUGCUUCUAGCCGCAUUUGGCUGGCAAGCGGUGCAAUUCGUGCUCGGAUUGUCGAGACUCAGAGCCAUGCAUCGCUUCUACGAACAGCUGCUGGGCAUUCCGGAUGCGGAUGUCCAGUCCAUCCCAUGGCACGAGGUGGUGAAUCGGCUGUCGGCUCUGCGAGACCAGCAUCCCACCACGUCGCUCAGCUCGGCCGACGAGAUGGAGCUGGGCCAACGUACAUCUUCAUCGCUGCGUCGGUCUCAUCCGCAGCCGUUGGAUGCACACGACGUAGCAAACCGCAUCAUGCGUCAGGAGAACUACCUGAUCGCUCUGUUCAACGAAAACAUUCUCGACCUCUCUGUGCCCGGCUUGCGCAGCAGGAGCCCAUCGUUGACACGCAGUCUGGAAUGGAACCUCCACUUUUGCUUGCUCGGCUUUCUGUUCGAUUCGAACGGACAGGUGCGACAUGCCUUUCUCUCGGAACGCUACCGUGCCGACCUGAUCGAGGGACUUCGACGUCGAUUUCUGUUUAUGGCUGUGGUAAACGCGAUCUUUGCACCGUUUAUCGUGCUGUACCUGCUUCUGUACUCGUUCUUUCGCUACUUUGAAGAGUACCACAAGGACCCUUCGAACCUUGGAUCGCGGCAGUAUACGCAAUACGCACGAUGGAAGUUUCGCGAAUUCAACGAGCUGCCGCACCUCUUUCGAAGGCGAUGUCGCACGUCGUAUGUGGCUGCAUCCAAGUACAUGGACCAGUUUCCGAAGGAGAAGACGGCGAUCGUUGCGCGCUUUGUGGCAUUUGUGGCAGGCUCAUUUACCGCGGUGCUCCUGCUGGCAUCCGUGAUGGAUCCGGAUGUGUUUGUGCACUUCAACAUUACGCCACAGCGCAAUGUGCUGUUCUACAUUGGCGUGUUUGGUGCGAUUCUGGCAGUCGCGCGGGGCAUGAUUCCAGACGAGCAUGUGGUGUUUGAGCCCGAGGCGAUGCUGCGCGAGGUGAUCGAGCAGACACACUACCUGCCGCAAGACUGGAAGGGACGCUUCCAUUCGGCGCAAGUUCACCAAGCAUUUGGACAGCUGUAUACACUCAAGAUUUACAUUUUUCUGCAGGAGCUGCUAAGCGUAGUGACGACACCGUUUGUGCUUUGGCUGUCGUUGCCAGCGUGCGCACCGGAUCUGAUCGAUUUCCUGCGCAAGUAUACGGUCCAUGUGGAUGGGCUAGGGCAUGUCUGUUCGUUUGCCGUCUUUGACUUUGCGCGACAGCCCACAGCGAGCACAAUGGGGGGAGCGGCGGCAAAAGGGAUUCACAGGCAGCAGCAGCAGCAGCAACAACAACAACAACAAAGUGGCGGUAGUGGAAGGACGAGAGCGCCGAGAAACGGCAUGAGCCAAGCAAAGAUGGAGCAAAGCAUAUUGGGGUUCAGAGCGAACCAUCCGGAUUGGGACCCGGCGGCGCACGCCAGCACAGCAUCAAUACAGCGUGUAGAUGACGACGCAGGCGCGACGACGUUGCAGUACGGACAUGGCGAUGGACGAUCCACAUCGGAUGCACCUACCGGCGUCGGCGCAGGAGCAAAAGUCAAGGACCUCAUAGACCACAUUUAUCGCGGUAGCGGCGGUGCAGCCGGUGCGAGCCGAUGGUAA